AUGGACUCUCGCUCUAAGAAUAACCCCAUUGUAGUGAGACUGAGAGAGUGAGUCUCACUGCCAAGUGAGUCCGUGUUAAAGCAGACCUUAACAGCCAGACGAGAUUGUGUCUUUCCUUUGAAAAUGAUACUAGAUCCACACAAAUAAGACUUUAGCAGAUGCUCUUAUACAGUGUGAUUUAUGAUUGUUACCAAGUGCAUACUGAACAUACUGUGGAUGAAGCCAUGUCUGGUGGAAACAUAGUGAGAGUCAAACUGUAGAACGCAUUGGAUGAAAUUAUCUAUCUUGGGAGUCUUUUUCUGUAGGUGUUGUCAUAACAGGGCGUUAAUAGUGCCUCUUUUUCCUGCAUCAGUGUGGCUGAGGAGGAGGUGAAGACUGAGUCGGAUGCAGUAGAGGGGAUGGAGAUCUCUACACGAUCUAAAGGUGAGAAAAAAACACUGAAAGCUGAGCUAUACUAUUACCUAUGAUUGCCUAUGCCUGCGGGGAGGAUGUGGUGGUGGUGAAAGUGUUUAUUUUAUUGCUCCCAUGUUGAGUGUACUGUAUGUGUGCAUGCAUGUGUGUGUCUGGUACAGAGCUGAACGACACAAGGUACAAGCCGGAGGCUAAUGUGCCGCUUCUGUUCAUAUCGCUGUCAUGUCUUAUUGCUAUGGCAACUGGUUUUAUCUGCUGUACUGUAUGAAAAACAAUGAACAUCUACUGAACUAUGGCCAGUACAUGCACCUUCUUCUUGGAAAUAUUGCAUCUGUCAUGUUGGCUUGUCUGACCUUUGACCCCCUCCCUGCAGUUUCAGACCCUGGGUCAGUGGAGAGGGCAGCCCAGAAACGAAAAGUGCCUAGCCCCCCUCACUCAUCCAACGGUCACUCCCCUGCUGAGACCUCCUCCAGCCCGGUCAAAAAGAAGAAGAAACCAGGAGCAGUCAGUAGCAGUAAAGACCAGGUGCACCCUCCCCCUCCACUCUUCUCCCUGCUCCUCAGUGCUCACACAGUUGGGCUUUCAGAGGCUGCUGGGUUUCUGUUACACUGCAAUAUAUCCUACUAAAAAAACUAUAACUUUGGGUUCCAAUUGAGUCUUUUGGUAUGCCAUGGGACUAUUUGAUGUUUGUGAGACCAAGGGUUUAUAUUUUCUUAUAGUGUUACAGUACGUUUAUAUGUCCUAAUACUAUGUAAUACGAUUGUUAUCUAAAUGAUUAUUGUUUCAUUAAUGUGUGUUUGCAUGCUUAAUUUUGCCUACUGAAAUCAAGUAAUUGAUGAUGCUUAGGUCAUUGCUUACUCACACUGAGACUAUUAAUGUUUAGUACUUUUAUCAGCUUUAUAAAUGGUCAAUUAUAAUACCAACAUGGGCUUAUAAGCCAUGGAUCAAAGCUUGUCUCAAUGCAAAACAGUAAUGGGUGUGCACCAAAACACAGUUUUUCAGAUUCAAUCAUUAAGCGAUUCUAAAGGCUAUUUUCUCAAACUGAUCCUUUUUACUGUCUUGACCUUUGAAAAGGGAUUAGUAAUAUAAUCUACAGUGAUUUUCUUCAAGUUUGAUAACAGAAAUGAUCAAUUAAUCAAUUUUUUUAUGCCUUAUGUUGCAACACAGGGUUCUAAGCAGUCUGUGUUUUGGACCGUUACUAUGUAACUUCUUGUAGAUUUUUUGCAUGUCCUGCUGCUCAUGUAAUCUCACGCCUAAAUUAAAUUUUGAACCCCUCCAACUUUCUCCUUUUCUUGCCUGCAUUUCAGUCAGAACUAAGACAUGGUCCCUUUUACUAUGUGAAGCAGCCAGCACUCACCACAGACCCUGUUGAUGUUGUACCGCAGGACGGCAGGAAUGACUUUUACUGCUGGCUGUGCCACCGCGAGGGCCAGGUGCUCUGCUGUGAGCUCUGCCCGAGGGUGUACCACGCCAAGUGCCUCAAACUGCCCGCAGAGCCCGAGGGUGACUGGUUCUGCCCUGAGUGUGAGGUACUCGCUUGUGGGUGGGACUGGAAACCAGUUGUCUACUAGGAAGACAACUUUUAAAUGCAUGGGAGGUUUUAGGCUGGGGGUUGAGGCCUGACUAUGAUGAUAGACAUCCCUGUUUUAUGGAAGUCUGAUCAUGUUGGUAUACGAUGUUGUCAAGGUAGUAAAAUUAGACUUGAUACUGGGUAUAUCCUUUUCAGAUGGCAAUAUACCUUUUGAAGCUAACAUCUUGCUCUCUACCUCUUUUCUUUCAGAAAAUAACAGUUGCUGAGUGCAUAGAGACUCAGAGUAAAGCAAUGACGAUGCUAACGCUAGACCAGUUGUCUUACUUGCUAAAGUUUGCACUCCAGAAGAUGAAACAGCCAGGUGUAAGUGCACUGACCUCCCUCCUCUACCUGACUGAUCAGUCCUAGUAACACUAUAAACAAAUGUCAGGUCUGGGGGAAAUCAACUCUAUAUAGAGUGCAUAUUGCAAUGGCUUGUGCUUCUGCUUUCACCCUCCCCACAUUGUCAUGGAAGCACUAUACUUAUUUCUACCUUUUCUAACUGUUGUCAUUGACUAAUUGUUUUGACAGUAGCUAUUGAACUGUUGAAGAAUAGAGAUAUAAGUAUUAGUAAUUCCAAUGUGAGUGAACAGAACUCUCACACAAACACAAUGGAAUGGUAUUGUGCUUGUUGAUAUGGUCUGAUUCUAAGACUGCUUAAUGCUUUCUCAUGGUUUCAUUUUCCAUCAGUGAUGAUGUACAUUGCCCCUGCCCUAAUACACGGUGAACUGCACCCUACCAAAUGAUUUACUAUACUCAGAGUCUCAAGUAUCUUUUGGUGUUCUGGUUACAAAGUGGUUACCUAUGUCAUAAGUAAGGAAGCUCUCUAACAACACUAAACCACCCCAAGCCUGUUUUAGCCAGUCUUCUCCUCUACAAUGGCAUAAAGAGGGAAGGGACCAUUGAACCAAGGGUCCAGUUUGUAAAGCGGUGGUGUGGUAAGGAUACAGCUGCCCCUCUUACUCUUUUUCAGGACCAACCACGCUCGUCAUCUCACUCCCCCCAUGCAGCCGCCACGCAGAGAAAGGCUUUUAAUUGGGUAAUCAAUCAAACACACUAAAAAAAGACCCCAUCAUAUUUUCCCUUAGUUUUUUUCCCUCCUGUUUGGAGUGUUCUUUUUGUUUUGUGUGUCUGUUUUUAGUUGCUGUUGUCUGUCCUGGGGUGGUAGAAUGUGGGUGGCAGAGUGUGUGUGUUGUGGAGGUCAUGCAGUUGAAUCCUAAAUUGAGAUGCAUGCAAGGCAAGCAAUUUAAAUCUUGACCUAAAUUUUGAAUUGAUGCCUAUUUUAUAUAUUUACAUGAAAGUUGUAGCUGUGCAUGUGUCUCAAGUUAGGAUUUGGCCUAAAUGAGGCCUGUAUUUGGAAUAUGAAGGUUAAUUCACUGUGCACGUCUCUUUUGUAUCUUCUCCAGACGGAACCCUUCCAGAAACCAGUAUCUCUUGAACAGCAUCCGGACUACACAGAGUAUAUUUUUCAUGCCAUGGACCUCUGUACAUUAGAGAAGGUUAAUGUUCUGUGCUUAUUUCUUUGGGGUUAGAACUACAAUCCCAAACCUCACCAGUUGUUGAUCACUGACCUUUUCUAUUUUAUUUUUCCAGAAUACAAAAAAGAAAAUGUAUGGCUGUACCGAAGCUUUCUUGGCAGAUGUGAAAUGGAUUUUACACAACUGCAUAAUUUAUAAUGGAGGUCAGUGUACGUGUUUAGAUUGCAAUGGAUUUUCACUGGUUUCAAUAACUGGUUUGUAAUUAUUUAUAAUGGUGACCUUCUUAUUCCAGGCAAUCAUAAGCUCACUGCCACAGCUAAAGUCAUAGUGAAAAUCUGUGAACAUGAGGUGAGUAUGGGAAGGCGGUCAAUGAUUCUUUUAGGCCUUCAGAAGAAACUCUUGUUACACCUACAAUGAUUCUCCUCUUUCAGAUGAAUGAGAUUGAGGUCUGUCCGGAAUGCUAUCUGUCAGCUUGCCAAAAGAGAGACAACUGGUUCUGUGAGCCAUGUGUGAGUUCAGUUACUUAAACUCUCUUAUUACUUGUAUCAAAGCUUGUGCUAAACGAGUCAUACAUUUCAAUUGUAGUGCCUUGUGUAUAUUGAAUGCUGUCUAUAUAAUGGUCUCAGUAUUAUAACUAGCCUUCCUGUUUACUUUGCUCAGAGUGAUCCUCACCCUCUGGUGUGGGCCAAGCUGAAGGGGUUUCCAUUCUGGCCUGCCAAAGCAUUGCGGGACAAAGACGGGCAGGUGGAUGCUCGCUUCUUCGGGCAACACGACAGGUAAUUCCCCUUUGGUAUCUAGCUAUGUCACUUAUACUCAUCAGUACAUUUGCAUUUCUCUAUCCUCUGUCACUAUCCUCUGUCUCUAUCCUCUGUCUCUAUCCUCUGUCUCUAUCCUCUGUCUCUAUCCUCCGUCUCUAUCCUCCGUCUCUAUCCUCCGUCUCUAUCCUCUGUCUCUAUCGACUGUCUCUAUCGACUGUCUCUAUCCUCUGUCUCUAUCCUCUGUCUCUAUCCUCUGUCUCUAUCCUCUGUCUCUAUCCUCUGUCUCUAUCGACUGUCUCUAUCCUCUGUCUCUAUCCUCCGUCUCUAUCCUCCGUCUCUAUCCUCUGUCUCUAUCCUCUGUCUCUAUCCUCUGUCUCUAUCCAGCUGUUGAGUUGUAUUAUGUUUCUUCACCUUCCAGGGCGUGGGUCCCCUUAAACAACUGCUACCUCAUGUCCAGGGAGAUUCCCUUCUCUGUGAAGAAGACUAAGAGCAUAUUCAACAGCGCCAUGCAGGAGAUGGAGGUCUACGUGGAGAACAUGAGGAGGAAGUUUGGAGUGUUCACGUACGCCCCCUUCAGGACACCAUAUACCCCUGACAACCAGUACCAGAUGCUGCUGGACCCCGCCAACCCCUCGUCCGGCUCGGUCCGGCCGGAGAAGCAGGAAAAGAUAAAGUUCAACUUCGACAUGACUGCAUCUCCCAAGAUGCCCUUAGCCAGGAGCAUGCUGUCAGGAGGGGGCGGAGGCAUGGGCGGGGUUGGAGGGAGUACAGGCCCGAGGAUCUCCCUGACAGAUAUGCCCCGCUCGCCCAUGAGCACUAACUCGUCUGGUCACACAGGUUCUGAUGGAGAGCAGGACACACCAGACAAGGGCCAGGCUAGAGCCCCAGCUAGCCACUAUAGUGCUGGGGAGGAGUCCAUGGACUGCACAGGUAGGUACUGCAAACUGCCUAUCUGACAGUCUGGAGAGUCCAGGGACUAUGGAAUAUACUGUAACAGCAACCUAGACUCUGGUUUUCGUUUGAAAUCAAGCACUGUAAACACAGGGCAUGUUGAUUUCUUCUUCAAUGCACAAUUGCCAUAAGUUAUUUUAAUAAAACCUACCUCUUAAAUGAAGAUCCAAAGAAGAGCAUGACGUUGAUAGAAACUGUAUAUCUGAACUCUCUCCACAGAAUCACCUGCUUCCACUCGACCUGAUCCUGCCUCUGGUGCCAAGGACAGCCCUAAACCGUUCCACUCCCAGGGCCCUGCCCUGACUCUCGUUCCCAAGCAGGAGAAAGCAACACCCACAGGGAGCAUCCUCAAUCUCAACCUGGGUGAGCUGCCACACACCUGUUACCAAACCUCAAUCAUCAUCAAAGUUAAUCUAUUUAGCACACCUGACCUGGGUAAGGCUUCAUGACAGCAAACCAAUAUCCAUAAACCCUUGAAACCAAGUAAGCAGGCCUACUUGAUGGUCUAGUGAUUGUAGCUGAUUUCAACCAGCUCAUAACAUUGUUUGUGGUUUCUUGUGCUGGCCUGUCAGACCGAAGCAAAGCCGAGAUGGACCUAAAGGAGUUGAGUGAGACUGUACAACAGCAGCAACAGCAGGGGGCGCCACCAGUCCUCACCUUGCCCAAAAGACAGAUCAGGAGCCGCUUCCAGCUCAACCUGGACAAAACCAUCAAGAGCUGCAAGGCCCAGCUGGGUGAGUGACUUAACCGCACCGCUAGAAAAUAACCAUUUAUCAAGAUACCAGGACCAUUCGACUACUUUUUUUUUCAUUUGUAUGAAAACAACCAUGCAAACCACUGCUGAAACCUUUGAUCUUAUACAUUUACCCCAAUUUCCCCACUGCUGCGUACAGGUAUAGAUGAGAUCUCUGAGGACGUGUAUAAGGGAGUGGAACACAGCGACUCCGAGGACUCUGAUAAAUCAGAUUCGAGUGACAGUGAGUACGCCAGCGACGAGGAACAGAAACCUAAAGUGGGCCAGCACACUGAGCCCAAUGACAAGGGCGAGAAGGACCCUUCCAAGAGGGGGUCCAAAGACCCCCUGCCCCCCAGCCAAAACAAGGAGGGCAAAACGGAGGGUCCAGGGCCAGCGACUGCCACGGCAACCAUGGGAGAUGCAGGGGUACAAUCUACCCUCUCUGAAUCCUCGUCGAAAGAGAAGCAGGGUGUAGAUUCAGACAAAGAGCCCCCAGAGAAAGCCAAAGCAGCCCCAUUGUCCCCGGCCCCCAGAGAGAAGCCCCAGGUGAAGCAGGAGGCCAGGCAGCCCUCUCUGGUGGACGACUCAGACUCUGAGAGGGAGCUGGUGAUUGACCUGGGGGAGGACCAGGGGGGCAGAGACCGGAAGAGGACUAGGAAAGACGCACACUCCACCAAAGAUCCACCAACCAAUAAGACAGAGGGUGAGACUCCUCCUAUUCUCUACCACUAUUUGAAAAAAGAAUAGUUGCUGUUACUAAUUAAUUGUUUCUUUCCAUUGUAGGGAAAGCCCCCACACCGUCAAGUACCCUUACUCCAUCUCAAAACAACACAACCCCUUCCUUAACCCCCAGUAUGAAAGAUUCAUCACAGUCUCCACUAGCCAUCCCUCCAAAUAUGGUGCCCUUCACUACUACUGCUCCCACCACCAUUGGCCCCACCACCCUGCCCAGUGCCACAUCAUCAACAGCCCCCAUCACAGCCUCCUCCGCCACCACAGCAGUGAAGAAACAGCGCCCUCUGCUGCCCAGGGAGACUGUCCCGGUGGUGCAGCGGGCGGUGGUGUGGAACCCCACCAACAAGUUCCAGACGUCCUCCCAGAAGUGGCACAUGCAGAAGGUGCAGCGGCAGCAGCAGAAUCCGCAGCCAGAUACGCCUCAGCUGCAGGCAGCAUCACCUGGCCAGCCAAAGACACAAACAUUGCCCCAAACGCCGACAUCUGCAACAUCUUCAUCAUCAUUAUCGCCACAGCAACCUUCCCAAAGCACGCGGUACCAGACCAGGCAAUCUGUCAAAGGUACACCACAGUAUUAAUUGAUAAUAAUAUUAGCACACUACAGAGAAAGUGGAAGACAGCUAAAAAACUAUUUGAGUGCAACCGUAGGCCUAAAACCAUGACUGUGAUGUCACUGAUUAGUUUUGAUUGUUGUUGUUUACUCUAGCUGUCCAGCAGAAAGACCCCCCACUCAGUACGUCCACGUCGGCUCUUACCCUGGUGACCAGUACCCCAGCCUCUGUGGCCAUGAUGGCAGCCCCCGGAGUAGGCAGUGGCCCCUCUACCUCCAUGGCAGGGGACUUCCAGAUCCCCACCGCAUCAGCAGACGUAGCAGCUGACAUCGCCAAGUACACUAAUAAAGUGAGUAUACAAGGCUUGUAUACUGAAGGAUGUACACUACACUAUCAGUAUAUUAUGAUGGUUUGGGGCUUGGAGCAGGGCUUAAUGAAGCAUACACUCUUUUGGGGGACAAUUUUACAUGCACUACAUGACCAAAAGUAUGUGGACACCUGCUCGUCAAAGAUCUCAUUCCAAAAUCACGGGCAUUAAUAUGGAGUUGGUCCCCCUUUUGCUGCUAUAACAGUCUCCACUCUUCUGGGAAGGUUUUCCACUAGAUGUUAGAAACAUUGCUCCUGGGACUUGCUUCCAUUCAGCCACAAGAGCAUUAGUGAGGUUGGGCACUGAUGUUGGGCGAUUAGGCCUAGCUCGCAGUCGGCAUUCCAAUUCAUCCCAAAGGUGUUCGAUGGGGUUGAGGUCAGGGCUCUGUGCAGGCCAGUCAAGUUCUUCCACACCGAUCUCAACAAACCAUUUCUGUAUGGACCUCGCUUUGUGCACGGGGGCAUUGUCAUGCUGAAACAGGAAAGGGCCUUCCCCAAACUGUUGCCACAAAGUUGGAAGCACAGAAUCGUCUAGAAUGUCAUUGUAAGCUGUAGUGUUAAGAUUUCCCUUCACUGGAACUAAGGGGCCUAGCCCGAACCAUAUAAAACAGCCCCAGACCAUUAUUCCUCCUCCACCAAACUUUACAGUUGGCACGAUGCAUUGGGGCAGGUAGCGUUCUCCUGGCAUCCGCCAAACCCAGAUUCGUCCGUCGGACUGCCAGAAAGUGAAGCGUGAUUCAUCACUCCAGAGAACGCGUUUCCACUGCUCCAAUGAGUCCAAUGGCGGUGAGCUUAACACCUCUGCAGCUGACGCUUUGCAUUGCGCAUGGUGAUAUUAGGCUUGUGUGCAGCAAAUCAGCCAUGGAAACUAAUUUCAUGAUGCUCCCGACGAACAGUUCUUGUGCUGACGUUGCUUCUAGAGGCAGUUUGGAACUUGGUGAGAGUUGCAACCGAGGACAGACGAUUUUUAUGCGCUACACGCUUCAGCACUCGGCGGUCCCGUUCUGUGAGCUUGUGUGGCCUACCACUUCGCGGCUGAGCCGAUGUUGCUCCUAGACUUUUCAACUUCACAAUAACAGUGCUUACAGUUGGACCGGGGCAGCUCUAGCAGGGCAAAAAUUUGACGAACUGACUUGUUGGAACGGUGCCAUGUUGAAAGUCACUGAGCUCUUCAGUAAGGCCAAUCUACUGCCAGUGUUUGUCUAUGGAGAUUGUAUGGCUGUGUGCUCGAUUUUAUACACCUGUCAGCAACGGGUGUGGGUGAAAUAGCCGAAUCCACUAAUUUGAAGGGCUGUCCACAUACUUUUGUAUAUGUACUGUAUGUGUAGAUAAAGAUUCUCAACCAAUCAAAUAUUUUUAAUUUGCCAUCUUUAUUAUUUAAUGAAGUUAUGACUAGUCUCCUUUUUCCUCAGAUAGUGGAUGCAAUCAAAGGGACGAUGACUGAGCUGUACACCGACCUUUCCAAAACCACUUCAGGGAACACAAUAGCCGAGGUAUGUAUGUAUCUAUCUGGUGGUCGCUCUCAGAGGCACCGAAUAACACCCUGCAUAUAAUAGCUAGCUGUAUGACUCUGGGAUGUCUGAAUGUAUGCCCUUGUCUCUCCCACACAGAUUAGACGAUUGAGAAUUGAAAUAGAAAAACUGCAGUGGCUUCAUCAACAGGAGCUUUCAGAAAUGAAGCACAAUCUAGGUAAGGACCUUUGCAUUACUCAAGCUUCCACUGUAGAUGACCAAGUCAAAUCUGGGUCAAAGGACUGUCUGUCAGUAUAGACGGGUUGGUUGUUUAGCAACAAAACCGACGCGUGCGCAACUAUGGGGCAAAACAGAUGGGGUUGGCUUAGAUUGUUGACAACAUAUAAACAAUAUUCGUCUCCAAUGUUUAUUGAAAUCAUAAAUACAAUUGCACAAUAAGGACUUGUCUCUCAAAUACAUUGUUACAGUUGUUGGUUAGCUAGCUAGUGAAUUGUAGCCAUAUUAGCAUUGACGUGAUUGUUGACAACAUGUAAACUAUAUUUAUGAACAGUACUCCUGAGUGGCGCAGUGGUCUAAGGCACUGCUUUGCAGUGCUAACUGUGCCAUAGGAGAUUCCUGCGUCGAAUCCAGGCUCUGUCCGUAGCCGGCCGCGGACCGGGAGGACUGAUGGGCGGCGCACAAUUGGCCCAGCUGUCGUCCGGGUAGGGAGGAAUGCCGGCCGGGAUGUAGCUCAGUUGAUAGAGCAUGGCGUUUGCAACACCAUGGUUGUGGGUUCAUUCCCACGGGGGGGCCAGUAUAAAAAAUUAAUAUAGUAUUCACUACUGUAAGUCGCUAUGGAUAAGAGAGUCUGCUAAAUGACGAAAUGUAAUGGUAAAUGUAUUUUCAUCUUCAUGUUAUUAUUGAAAUCCUAAAUGCAUUUGCCACAAUCAAGCACUUGUUGUUUCUCAAAUACAUCGUUACAGUUGUUGGUUAGCUGGCUCGCAAAUGUUUUGCCAUAUUAGCGUUGACAUGAAAUCAGCCAACUGUAACAAUGUAUUUGAGAAACAAGACAUGGUAUCAAUAACAAGAUACAAUGAGCUGAAACGAGGCCACCUGCGUUCACCACAUGGAAGCUUCCUUGUGCUAGCAUCGACCUGAAGAAGAGAAAAAAAAUACCCCUUCCUAGAUGCACGCACAUUUCGGUGUCAGCCAACCCGUCUAUAACAAUGGAUGUCAUUGAGGAGAAACAGCAGGCAGUGGAUGAGACCAAAAAGAAACAGUGGUGUGCCAACUGCAGGAAGGAGGCCAUCUUCUACUGCUGCUGGAACACCAGCUACUGUGACUACCCCUGCCAGCAAGCCCACUGGCCAGAACACAUGAAGUCCUGCACACAAUCAGGUAACAAACACCAGCCAUAUUCAAAGCAGAAUUUAUACUAGUUAAAGAACAUUGAUUCCAUCUGACUACAGGUAUCAAUUGUCUUACAAUUGUAUAGUUACAUAUUUCUGUUCUCCUUCUGUAGCGACAGCCUCACAGCAGGAGCCUGAGUCAGGGUCCACGGCAGACGGCCCAAUCAAAGCCUCAGGACAGUCCAACAGUGGUCAAACUUCUCCCAAAGUAACGACAGCAUCUGCCCCCACAGACAAAGACUCUAACAUGGAGAAAAGCAAGGACAAUGUCACUGUCAGUCUGUCCUAACACUGAGCCCCUGCCCUGACAUUGAGUUAUCACACUUGAACCUGUAACAUAAAAUACUGACUCCUUCUUAGCUACUGUACAUGGACAGGUUUCACUAGAAUUAGUAUUUUCAUCUGCUGCUCUGGAGGUAUCUAAUACUUUAUUUUAUUUUAUAUCUCAAGUCCAGAUGUACUUUAUGUCCAAAGUACUAUGGGACAAGUAACCACUGGAGGGCGCCACCUGUUCUCUUAAUCACCCUCACGUUACAUUACACACAUUUUGCAAGCUCAUAGAGAAGCAGCUUUUCAUGGCCAAAUUUGAAGGUUGGGUGUGUGAGGCAGAUGUACAGAAAGUGUAUCUAUUGUUAUAUGUAAUAUUAAUAACAAAUGUAUUGGGAGUGCAUAAUAAGUUGUGGUACUGUGUGAAAGAGAAUUGGACAGUUUGGUCAAUGAUCACCUAAAUGACCAAACUUAAUGUGAACGGACCAGAAUGGAACAUGUCUUCAGAUCACUGUUGAUGACAAAUGAUUUUCACCCCCCAUUUUGUAUGUUAAUUUAUUAAUUAUUUAUACUGUAAUGUUAUUGAGGAGAUAAUGUUCAAUGGACUGCCUGUUGAAUGAAGAUAUGGUACAGAGAGAAGUUAUAUGAAGCUUUUCCUUUUCAGAAUGUUUUUUUCUUGGGACUAAUGUUCAUCAUAAUGCAACCACCAUUUGUCCUGUAUUCAUAUUUCUGUGUUCAUACUCUUUCAUAUUGUAUUGUUGUCACUGAGAAAUAAACCAAAUGUAUGGCAAACACAGGCCCUGAGAGGGAACAGAAUACACCACUAGUUUUUGAAAGCUCUUGCAUUUUCAAUGUGUCUCCCACAUGACGGGGAGGCAGUAUGAAAAAUGUAUGCACUCA